ACCGAGCUUGGGAACAAGAAGGAGUUGAAAUCCAUGCCCUUCAUCACGUAUCUCUCAGGCCUGCUGACAGCGCAGAUGCUGUCUGAUGACCACCUCAUCUCAGGUGUGGAGAUUCACUGCGAGGAGAAAGGACGCUGCCCAUCUACUUGCCACUUGUGCCGGCGCCCUGGGAAGGAGCAGCUCAGCCCCACACCGGUUCUGCUGGAGAUCAACCGCGUGGUGCCUCUGUACGCUCUGAUCCAGGACAACGAUACCAGGGAGGCUUUCAAGGGAGCCCUGAUGAGCUCAUACUGGUGCUCGGGGAAAGGCGAUGUGAUUGAAGACUGGUGCAGGUGCGACCUCAACGCCUUCGAUGAGAACGGACUCCCCAACUGCAGCCCUCUCCCUCCACCCGUCCUGCGGCUCUCCCCCAGCGUGGAGCCCUCCAGCACCGUGGUCUCUCUGGAGUGGCUGGACGUGCAGCCUGCCAUCGGGGCCAAGGUGUCUGACUACGUCCUGCAGCACAAGAAGGUGGAUGAGUACACGGACACAGACCUCUACACAGGAGAAUCCCUGAGCUUUGCAGAUGAUUUGCUUUCUGGCCUUGCAACAUCCUGUGUGGCAGCGGGUAGGAGCCAUGGAGAUGUCCCUGAAACCAGCCUCUAUUCAGUCAUUUUCAAGUGCCUGGAACCAGAUGGUCUGUACAAAUUUACCCUUUACGCAGUGGAUACACGAGGGAGACAUUCAGAGCCGAGCACAGUCACCCUGAGGACAGCCUGCCCGCUAGUAGAUGACAGCAAGGCAGAAGAGAUAGCUGACAAAAUCUAUAACCUCUACAAUGGCUACACCAGUGGGAAGGAGCAGCAGACGGCCUACAACACACUGAUGGAGGUCUCCUGAGUCCAGCAUCACUACAACUCCCACUACGAGAAGUUUGGAGACUUCGUGUGGCGCAGUGAGGACGAGCUGGGGCCCAGGAAAGCACACCUGAUCCUGAGGAGGCUGGAGAAGGUCAGCAGCCACUGCUCCACCCUGCUACGCAGUGCCUACAUCCAGAGCCGCACCGAGACCAUGCCCUACUUGUUCUGCCGCAGCGAAGAGGUCCGGCCGCCGGGCAUGGUCUGGUACAGCAUCCUAAAGGACACCAAAGUAACAUGCGAGGAGAAGAUGGUCUCCAUGCUGCGCAACACGUACGGGGAGUCCAAGGGGCGGUGA